ACAUGUGCUGGUUUCUUCCUCUCGGCGCCAGGUGUUAAGGAGCCGGAAAGCUUGCGGCGGCUGCAGCAGUACCGGCCUGGGCGCCCACGUGUGCUCCUGCGAAGAGGAAGAGAAAACCCGGCAGCGGAUGCAUGACCAUGUGUUUUUUGCAAGCGUGUCAGUAGCAUCUGCCGGGUGUCGGAGCGGUCUGGCCGGGGAGGCAGCUUGUGCGCUGGGGAUCCCCUUGCUGCCUUUGCCGCAUCGUCGGCCGCGGAGCCUUCGCGCAGCCCCCGGGCACCCUUGGAGGCUGCUAUGCUGUGGAGUAGCUUGGACUGUGCUGCAAGCUGUAGUCCUGUACCCUUCGGUGCCGACCUCUUCCUCCAUGACUACCCCGCCGGCGGUGGCCGCAGCACCAGCCCUGGAAAGGGUCAUGCCUCCAGGGCCUCCUGAGAACGCUGCCCUGCGGGCGGGCCCUCCAGUCAACGGAGCGGACGGACGCCGCCUGGCUCCGGCUGUAUCACCUGCUCAGAGCAUAGUUCCGUCUGUCUCUUGCCCGGUAACUCCCUCGGAGAAGCCAGCCGUUACCUCUAAUCCCGCUGGCGGAAAAGUUCCUCUUCGAUUGGUGCAGCCCCGAGCUAUGCCUGCUGCUCCAGUGGAGACUUUAGUGGGCAAAGGAGUUCCGACGGCUCCGCUUCAGCAACUCCCCAAGCCUUCCGGCGUGGACGUGAAGCUGCCAGUCCCUCUCCCGGCCGCAUCUAAAACCCCGCAGACAACAAUACAAUUACCUGCUAAUUUACAGAUUCCACAAGGAGCAGUUCUUGUCAGAAGUAACACUGGUCAGUUGAUGUUGCUGUCUCAACAAGCACUAGGGCAAGCCCAAAAUAAUGCAACUGUACGAUGGUCAAUACCUACAAAUUCAUCUACAGUCAAAAUACAGACAGUACAGAAUUCUGGAACUCAGGUAGUUAAAGUACUAGCAGCUCCUGUCAAAACUGUGUCUGGAACAACUCAUUCAGUUACCUCAACUGUUAAGAAGCCUGUUAUAAUUCAGCCGGUAGCCUCAACAAAUAGUAUUGCCACACAUGCAACUGGAACGCCUUUGGUUACAGGGCCAUCGGCAAAGACUCUUGCUUCUGAUUCUUCUACACUGACUGUCAUUCCAAAGCCAGUUCCUGACACAGAAGACACAACAAUAGACCAGACCAGCAUCUCUACUGAUAUGCUGGAAAACGUGAAAAAGUGCAAAAACUUUCUAGCAACACUAAUAAAACUGGCAUGCAGUGGGCCUCAAGCACCAGAAAUGGGGCAGAAUGUGAAGAACCUGGUUCAAAGUCUGUUGGAUGCUAAAAUUGAACCUGAAGAAUUUACCAAGAAACUGUACAUUGAGCUGAAAUCUUCUCCCCAGCCAAAUCUAGUACCCUUUCUGAAGAAAAGUGUGUUUGCCUUACGGCAGUUAAUGCCUAACACAGAGACCUUUAUACAACAGUGUCUUCAGCAAUCCGUACCACAAACAGCUGUUUCCACUACUGCCAUGUCAACUACUUCCAUAGUUGCUAAUAGCAGUCCUGUGACUACAACCUCACUUCUUUCUGCAAGACCAGUUUCUAGGACUCCAGUUGGGAUACUUUCCCCACAAACAGGCACAGUCUCCUGUACAUCUUUAACAAGGAAAUCUGGCUCUCUCCCACUCAUUCAGCCAGUCCAUGCAGCUUCCAUCCAAGGUGCCAGUGCUAAUACCUCCACUCAACUGACACUAGGAAUAAGUACGGUGAAGGCUGUCUGUCCAACCUCCUCCUCACCAAUGGUAACAACAGGCACUACUGCGCUUCAGGGUGUAAAACCAGUCCAUAUCCCUGCAGCCUCAUCAGCCACACUUGUUGCUUGUAGUUCUGUAAAAUCAGUCUCAUCAUCUGCUAUGACAACAUCCCUUCCAGUGGUAAAGCCAGCCUCGACUACAGCUUCAGCAACCUUGGCUAAAGCAGUAAAAGCUUCUGUUCAAACUGGAAUGCCAGUUACUGGGGCACCAAUUACCAUCAGAGUUGCACAUCCCAAUUCCCUCCUUUCCCAGCCGGUUCGGACAUCACAGGCUAUAAAGAUAGUCCAACAGCCUCCAGGAAGCAUCCUGAAAAAAGUGACCACGCUCCAGCCGGCAUCAGCACUCCCUAUUGUGAACAAAUUAGAUGGGAAAAUGCCUUUAAAUGCUUUUAUCCAGGCUAGCCAACUUCCUUCAGGCUCUAUUGUGAAACAAAUUACCCUGCCAGGAAACAAAAUUCUGUCGCUUCAAGCAUCUCCUGUUCAGAGGAAUAAAAUAAGAGAGAACGGAACAACAUCCUUCAGGGAUGAAGAUGACAUUAAUGAUGUGACUUCUAUGGCUGGGGUCAACUUGAGCGAAGAGAGUGCAUGCAUAUUAGCGACCAAUUCUGGAACAGCUGGCUCAAUUAUCCGAUCCUGUCCGGAGGAACUUCUCCUUGCUUUGGAUGUGCUAAAGAAGAAAAUCUUAGAAAUAGGUAAAAGGCAUGACAUUACGGAAGUUAAUUCAGAUGUUCUGAACUUGGUCUCCCAUGCUAUGCAGGAGAGAUUAAGAGGGCUUCUGGAGAAACUGACUAUAAUUGCUCAGCAUCGUCUGAUGAUCUAUAAGGGGAAUGACAACUACACAAUAUGUAGUGAUACACAGGCUCACCUUAAGUUUUUUGAGCAGCUGGAUCAUGUGGAGAAGCAAAGAAAGAAUGAAGAAGAAAGAGAGAUGUUGCUCCGGGCUGCCAAGAGCCGUUCCAACAAGGAAGAUCCGGAACAGCUGCGAUUAAAGCAGAAAGCUAAAGAGAUGCAGCAAUUAGAACUGGCACAAAUUCAGCAAAUGGAAGCAAAUCGUGCAGCUCUGGCAGCCAUUGGGCCUAGGAAAAAGAGACCACUGGAUUCACCUAAUCUGGUGUCCAGAGUUGAGGACUUGAACAGGUCACCCAGCCUUGCAAAGCCAUACCUUCGUCCAAGAAUAAUACGCAUCUGUCUCAGGGACUUGAUCUUUUGCAUGGAACAAGAAAGAGAGAUGAAGCAUUCCCUAGCCUUGUACCAGGCUCUUCUGAAGUAAUAGCUAGACUUCUGUUGUGUUUCAGCUUGCUACCAUUUGUUGCCAAAGAACUCCUGUUUUCACUGAUCUGAAGUCUGUCCUUGGAAACCAGUCCAUUGCAAGGAAUAGUUUAAGAGGUCAUGGAACACAUGCAUGUUGCCUAGAUGCAUGGGAGACAGAGGACUUCAGGUGCCAUGCAAGUCAAUUACUUGUGUCAGUAUUUCAGUCCGCAAUAUUCCAUGAAUAGUGUGCCUUCUAAUGCUAAAGUUAUAGAAGAAUGGUGUAAUGAAUGUAUUUAAUAACAAACCAACAGACACUUGGUUUGCUUGUACAUUGCCUACAGGAGUUAACCUCUCUAGUUGUCCUAGUUUUAGAGCUCAGUGCUGUAGCUGGAAGAGAAACCACUUGGGAGCAAGCCAAGGAAGUGCCAAAGUGAGGUCUAUAAUCUACUGCUUCCAAAGGAAGAUGGGGAAGGAAGAAUCCCCAAUGGCAUGGCUUACGUUGCCAAUAAUACUGAACAAAUCUGCAAGCACGCUGGAGCAGCAUAGAAGAGCUGGGGUGAGCACUCUCUGGCAGCAUAGUUUCCUAAGGGCACAAUCCUAUGCAUGUUUAGACAGAAAAAAGUCCUGCAAAUCUUAGUAUUCCCUAGUCACAUGACUGGCAAAUGCUGGGAGUUGCAGGAUUUUUUUCUGCCUAAACAUGCAUAAGAUUGCAACCUGGAAGAGCACUUAACUUGAGCAGAUGGUCCUUUCAUUAUCAGCAUAAAGGUAGCUGCAGAUGCAUCUAAUUUUGUGUCUGUGUUUGGAUUUAAAGCAGGGAGCUAUCCUUGAGCAACACCCUCUGCUUUAUGUGACAUGUAGGAUUAUUUGAUUUCCUCUUUCCUAUGUUAUGGAAGUAGGAAGAAUAUAUUUAAUGAUUAUCAGGGAUUUGAUCACUUUUUUCUUAAGCUGGUGACUUGGGAAUGAUUCUAAAACCUGCUCAGCAGGAAAAGAAUCUCCUGCAGCAUUUGUGGAAUGGCACAACAUCAUCCAGGGUACUGAGGUGAUGGUUUGCUGGGUUCCAAAGAUUCUGCCUAUUAGUCUGUCCUGGAUCACUAGUGAAGACGUUAGAUGUGGAGAGCCACAUGCAGUUGUCUUUUGCACUUUUCUACCGAGGUUGUUAGUCUAACUUCUUCCUAUUCCUUUCAAUGGGUCUACUGUAAGUAGGACUAACACUGAAUGCUACCCAAAAUCUUUUCUGUCCUGUACAUUUAACCCAACUCUAAAUAGUAUGGGUAUAUAAUGUAAGUGUGUAAAGAAAAUAUCAACUGAAUGCCUUCACAAUUAAAGUCUUUAUUUAGGAAAAAAAGAGGUUCUUAGAGCGUUUUCAUAUGCCAUUCUACAAAAUGGGAAGGGAGAUAAAGAGAAAGGUAGAAAAAGAACCCACUUAACUUUAAGCCCAGGUCUACUAUAGUAUGCAGUAUGUUGGGAUUCUAAUCUAGUUAUGGUUUCGCUGCUUGGAACUCAGCAAACUAAAUGCAGUCACUUCUAUGUGUGUGUUUCUGUGUGUAUGUAAGUGGAAUAUAUUUGGAAUCCUUGACUAUAAAGCAGUAAGGUAUUGAUGGGAUCAAGCAAAAAUGUUUUGUAUAAUAAAUGCCUAUCUUUACUUUUUAUGUAAAGUACAGCAUUUCCCAUUUGUGUAUUCAGUAUUACUGACAGAUGUUUCAGAUUUAUUUUAAAUACUGCAUUAAAGUAACUAUUUUAUUAAAUAUGUUAAGAGUAUUUAUUGCAUUGAA